ACGAUAGACGACUUCCUUCAACGUACAAUUCAUCAUAUACAGAAUAUCUAACUGCGUGUAUUUCUAGAACUGUUUGUAUCCCGGGUGAUAUACAUAUCAUCUAUCAAUAUGGCGAGGGAAGCAAUCAUUCCCUUCCUCGUCACCAUGAUGUUGGUGACGGGGGUGUGUAAUACCAUAUUGAACAAGUACCAGGACAUGCAAUGUGUCAGGAAUUGCGACUCGCUCAAUCCGGCUGAUCACAAAUUAUUCGAGCAGCCUGUUAUCCAAACGGCACAAAUGUUCGUCGGUGAAUUAGGCUGCUUCCUCGUCGUCCUAUUAUCUUACCUUUAUACUCGAUUCGUGGCUUCGCGGACAUCGUCGACCGCGCCUUUAUUCGCUGGUGGCUAUCGCCGCAUUCGUGAGGACGAUCAUAUCCCCGAGUAUCACGAUGGCGAAGAAGAAGCAGAAGAAUACGCUGAAGGCGUUGAAACAAACCCGAAUGUCGUGAAUAACCACCCCUCUGAUCCAACAAUCACAAAACCCAUAGACGAAACAGAUGCUGGUGGUCGUCGGAUACUUAAUGGAUGGAGGAUCCUUAUGCUUGCUGCCCCUGCAUGCUGUGAUAUCUUGGGGACAACUAUGAUGAAUGCCGGGCUUUUGUUUGUGGCCGCUAGUAUCUACCAAAUGACUCGAGGUGCACUUGUGUUAUUCGUGGGUCUUUUUAGUGUUUUGUUCUUGCGUCGCAGGUUAUACAUGUACCAAUGGUUUGCCUUGGUAAUUGUUGUGCUUGGUGUGGGUAUUGUCGGUUUGUCCGGAGCUCUUUUCGGACAUGAUCAGGGUGUCCAUGACCCCGAGAGCGGCAUAAGUAAUGCCAUGUCCCGAUUUGCAAGAGACGUCAACACCACAGCUCGCACCCCAGAGGCUGUUAGAGUCAUUAUCGGCGUCUUGCUAAUUGCUGCCGCGCAGAUCUUCACAGCUACCCAGUUUGUACUCGAGGAGUGGAUCCUGGAACAUUAUGCUAUGGAUCCAUUGAACGUUGUCGGGUGGGAAGGAUUCUUUGGACUUUUGGUUACGACCAUUGGUAUGGUUAUCUUACAUUUGGCCAUCGGGUCGACGGAUGCUGGUCGAUAUGGAUAUUUUGAUUUGAAGGAAGGUUGGAGACAGAUUACUCAUAACCGGGCUAUUGCCGUGUCCAGUUUCCUCAUCAUGAUAAGUAUAGGCGGCUUCAAUUUCUUCGGCCUCUCCGUCACUCGAACCGUCUCCGCAACCUCUCGUAGCACAAUCGACACAUCCCGGACACUAUUCAUCUGGCUCGUUUCGCUGGGACUAGGCUGGGAGUCCUUCAAGUGGCUCCAAGUCCUGGGGUUUGCGCUUCUGGUUUACGGUACUUUCUUGUUUAAUGAUAUUAUUCGAGCGCCUCUUAAGGCGUGUUUGCCCGCGCGGAGAGAGUUUGAGCAUGAAGAGCUGCUUCCUGAGGAACCGAUUGAACAUAUCUAGGCUUGUUUUUGUUCCGUCGUUACGCAUCUCAGAGUUUGGGGGUCGUGGUCUUUAUUUAUAUAUUACAGGAGCUCGAGGCGCAGGACGUCUAGAGAUGAAUUUACCUUUCCCCGCAUGCAUGGGAGUUAUAUAGGAGCUGGAGUAAGUGUUGUUUGCUUCAAUCAACAUUGUUAUACCUAUCUAGGUACAUUCUGCAUAGGCACUCAAGAAUAACAUUCAAUCUAAUGAUAGACACAUAAUUGUACACUGGGGUAUAGUGAAUCUACAAUAUAAAUACAAGAGUCACUGCAAUGUGACUGAUGAUAACCACAAAAUAGGUAGUCUCCGGAGACUUCAACUGUGCAAACCAGGCACUAAUGAGGCUUAUUCGACAAAUUCGCUGUGAAGAUGGUAAGAAAGGGACGGUGAUAGGAAUAUCUAUAUGGAUGGCUCCAGUCCAUUGACAGAAUCUAGACUAGAACGUAUAGGGCGCACAUC